ACCAGAUCGUAUAUUACUUUUCUUGAUGAUGAACUUGGAGAAAGGAGCCGAAACGAAACAGAUCUUGAUUCGUGAUCAUGACGUAAAAACAGAGUUAGAAGUGUACAUCUUUGAAGCAUUCGCAAUGGAUGAAAGAGAUGUUUCGAAACCAUACUAUGGCCCUAACUACUAUUUCAUCAAGGCAUGGAUAGACGAGACCAAAGAAUACGGGACAAAAGUGGUGAAGGAUUCCUUUGUGGUUAACCAAAGA